AUGGACGGAGAACUGGAGAAAUUUGUCGAAUCUAUUAUCUCAGAUGAUCUUGUCCUCUUCUUCUUCUCAGGUCAUGGUGUUCAACGUGACGAUCAAAACUAUUUAAUUCCGUGUGAUAACGAUCGUAUUCGAGGUCCAAGCGACCUUAAAUAUCGUGCCAUCAAUGCACAACGAUUCCUAGAUCUUAUGUCUGACAAAAAUCCUUUUGUAAUUGUCUAUUUACUUGACUGUUGCCGUACUUAUUGGCUACCGAAUAUGCCCAAAUCUAGAUCAUUGAGCUCAUCAUCCAUUGGAUUGGCGGCAAUGUCUGCGAAGGCCGGUACUUUGAUCGCAUUUGCUUGUGCUCCAGGUGCAGUCGCAACUGAUAAAACUGAAAAUGGACGUAAUGGUAUGUUUACCUAUCAUUUACUACAAAACAUUACUAGGCCAGAAGAAGAGAUCAUGAUGCUUCUUAUAGACGUAACCAAUGGAGUAGUUAAGGAUACAAAAGGAAAGCAAAUACCUUACAUUACAUCCGCUUUGACCCAACGAGGCAUUUAUUUAGUAUCACUUCAAAAAUAG